AUGGGUGUUCGUGACGAGACAGUUGUGUAUUUUGAUGGCGUGUUAAAGAUCUUAGGUGUGUGUCAUGGCAUUCUUGGAGGUUUAUUGAUCGUAAUGGGAGUUGUAGUUAGACUUGCUGUGGAUCAUUGGACAAGUGUUAUGCUGUUGGCUCUGUGGAUCGGUGUUAUUGUAAGUCCAAUUCAUACCUCUUUCAGUCAAAACGAUUUAUAUCAGUUUUACAGCAUGCAUUUUGGCGCGUGUUCACUUUAUGGAAAAGAACAAAAAAGGAGAAAGGUUGGCCCAAUUAAUUUGUAGAUUUUGCUGACAAAUUUUGAUCAUCAUAAAGUGGUCACGCUUUAGGAUUUCGUGGUAAAAUAUAUAGUGCUAUUGAUUCCGUAUACGGAUAAAAACGUUCCUAGAAUGUGCUAAUUAUUAUAAGCAGUUUCAUAGUCUAAUUUUGAUCAUUUUAUUAUGGAUUACAUGUACACCCCUGAGACAAGUGUCCAUUUUUGGACGUAAAACUGAUCACAUGCAAAGUUCCUCAUCUGAAUUAUUUAGUAAACAGGAAAACGUCCCUGCUGCAUGAGAGAUCAAGAUACCCUAUUUUAAUUUCUACUUACUUCGAAGCAGUUUAGAGAAAGCAUAUCGAAAAAUUAAUGAGUGAGUGCAUAUUUCUGCGGGAGCCACUGAACCAAACUCAUUAACGAGCGAACACUGAAACACAUAGUAGAGAGAUUUUAGGUCUGUUGUUCAGUUCACAUUCUGUGUGAUGAGGACGUCGUUCAUUUGAUGUUUCAUGUAGUUCAACAGUUAAUGAUCAGUGAAAGUCAGAGAGAUACUGAUGGUAAAAAUCUUUUGUUUUUAGUUCACAUGCAGAUUAAAUUCGUUUUCUUUCCUUUAGAAGAACGCUAAUUACAUUCUGAACUUUGAAUAGUUUUAAGCCAUAAACUCGGCACUUCAAUGAACAUAAUAGAAUUGUUAACGAUUAUGGCCAUAAUCAUAACUGAUGCCAAUCAAUCAUUCAAGAAGACUAAACUGGUUUACGUCCAUACUUUUCACUGAUAGAUGAGGCGUGAUCAUCGUAAAUGCAUCAAAGCAGUUAUUAUAUAAUUCAGUUUGUACUUGUGGUAACUGACAAUCUUAUACAAACCUGCAGCUGCUAUAAAGAUUUAGAUCUGCAAUUGUUACUGCUGACGGUUGGGCCUGUAUUCUUAUAAGUACACUGUCUGCAGAAAGAUCAGCUCUAGAUAGCUUACCGAUUUAGACCCCCUCGGGUAAAUUAAGGCAUGGGCCUCAAUUUGCCUUAAUUUGUGCGUGGGAUCUUACAAUUUUGAUCUAAAAGAAAGAACGAGGAGAUCGCCGCAGUUAUUCAGUGAGAGUUACCUCUAAAUUUUCUUUUCUAGAUUAAUUACAUUAAUCUUAAGGUAUUCGUCAUAGGUUGCAGCUACUGGUGCUAUUGGAGUCCUUGACGCAAAUAUGGAGAAAGCAGAUAACACCAAAAAAUAUUACGUGAGUUGCGUAACCUUAAUUCCCUCACUCUUUACUAUAUCUCCUCAACUUGCGUACAAGUUUUUAAGUUAUCAAUUCAGUUGCAACUAUUAUAGAUAAAACCAAAUUUUUGUUUCUUCUCAGUGAAAUAGCAAUCACUUAAUUUAUGAUUUUUCUUCGCUUUCAUGCAAUCUGUUAUUGCUUUUGCCAAUCUUAGCCUUAUUAAAGUGCACAAAGGAUUUAGCAAUACUUCUUGAACUUCAAGAAUUGUUUUGGUUUUGGUUUUUCAUGAUCAAAAACCAAAACCAAAACAAAACAAGUAAAUGAAACAAGAAACAAACUUUAAGGGUUUUUUUAACUACGUAUUUUGCUUUUAGUUGACAGACUUUUUGCUGUUUUCCUUGAUAUGUCUCCUCUUGUCAAUACUGCUAAUUGUAUGCUACAGUAUGGCGGUUCACACGGCUUGCACUGGGGAGGAAACUGGAACAUUCAGUUGGUAUUCGUACGAGAACUACCACGAUCAGAACAUGACUAGAGCCAAAGCCUUCAGCAUUAUUAUACUCCUGUUGAGUGGCGUGGAAUUUCUGUUGUGUAUUGGCUCCUUAGGAUACGGAGCAUAUGCUCACAAGCGAGAUGAGAAUAAGGUAAGGGGAGAACUGAUAAUCGUUGCUUUUGAAAAUAUUUUCAUCUUGGACAGCCCAGUCCUCCUAUAAGCCUCCCCUUCCUACUCCUCUUCCUCCUGGCCUCCCUCUGCUCUUCCUCUGGCUCCUCCUCAUCAAAGACGCGAGCAGUAUCUCUCUUGCUCGAAAAUCUGUGAGCGAGCUCGAUCUGAGAGUAUACGAGCGGCGAAGGCCGCCCAACUCGAUGCCGCUCAUGGCUUCGUCGCUACUUUAUUCACAUAUGACCAUAUUACGCCCGUUUUGAUAAAUUUACACUGGUUACCAGUAAGAUAUAGAAUUAAUUUUUAAAUUCUUUUACUUACUUUCAAAGCCCUCUAUGGCAUGGCACCUAGCUACAUCAUUGAUUUAAUUCAUACUAAGACUAAUACGCGCUAUUUGCUGCGCUCUAAUGAAGGUGUUUUAUUAAAGCAUCCGUCAGGAAAAAUGAAAAAGUCAUUUGGUGACAGAUCCUUCAGUGUGGCUGCGCCCACACUAUGAAACGCUCUUCCUGUUAGCCUCCGCAGCAUCAAAUGUAUUUCUACUUUUAAAUCUACUCUUAAAACUUAUCUUUUUAAAUUAGCUAUUAAGUACUGAGAGCAGUAACUCUUUUGCUUAAAAAUCUGUGAGCGAGCGCGAUAUGAUAAUAAUAAUAAUAAUAAUUUAUUCAUUUAAAGUGCGCUUUUUAACAUGCUAGGUGAUCAAAAGCGCAUUACAACAAUAAAUAACCUGAAAACUAUUAAUACAAAUAUUAGAAAUAUACAAAAAUAUUUAAUAUCUAAGAGAUACCUCCUCCUCCUCCUCCUUCUCCUCCUCCUCCUCCUCCUCCUCCUCCUCAUCAUCAUCAUCAUCAUCAUCAUCUUCUUCUUCUUUUUCUUUAUAUCAUUGUUAUUAGUCAUUAUACUAUUAAUACUAUUAUUAAUAAUACCAUUAUUGUAACAUUGAUUUUCUAGAAACGACGACCAUCACGUGGCCGGUUUGCUUCCUACGGAUACGACAAUGAGACCUACGACUCAACUUUUUAACAGCAUCUUAUCGAUAAGAGGAACUUUGAAUGAAAAUAUAUCAAAAACUUGCUGACUGAAUAAUUUGGCUGUCACUAACAAACUGGUUGUAAGCUAAAGGGAAAGAGUGAGUUUACCUGUGCAACCUAGUAUAUAAAAAGCCACUUAAGUAUCCGGUUAAGCCUUUAACAAAUAGUUGUUUCAAGAGCUGCUACAUUGUUUCCAAUUUACUGGAAGCUAACUGAAGUUAAGUCUUCUAAUAAGCUAGAAUCCACUAGACUGCCACCAAAGGCACUGCCAAAUCAGUUGCCUCCUGAUUCAUUUAGAUAAAAAAAAAUAGAUUACCGUAAAUUCUCUAUUAAUCCCCGUCCCUCUAAUAAGUCCCCCUUUUCAGGGGAAGAAAGUUAAUAAGCGUCCCCCCUCUCUAUUAAGUCCCCCCUCCUCCCCUCACCUAAUUAUUCUUCACCAAUAAAUGAAGGGCAUUCGCUCGAAUUGAGAAUCUCGAAAAUCUUCGAAUUCGUCUUCUGUUAGUAAUCUUUGGAACGCCUUCUUAUAUGCUUGGUUUGUCUACUAAAAAUCCUCGCACUCGCAGGAUGAAAGGUUGGCAGCUUUAUGUAAUUUAACUUCUAAGAAGGUGAAGAGGGUGUUGUUGGGAUACCGUACGGAAAUGACGCGGUGUAGGAGGAAAUUUUCAUCUAAUCUGUAACUUCUAAUGUGCCCUACCCAGAACGUUUCAGUAACAAAAGAACCAAAGACAAACUCGUUCCCUGGGACCUCUCCUACUCGUCCUUCGGAGCGGGAGACGAGCAGAAGAAAACCCUGGGAACGAGCCCUGGGAACGAGGUUGAGGUACUGAUGCUGACUGAUCAGCAUGGACACUUUCUUACUAAAGCAGUUCCGACAAGAAUAAAAUAGAUAAUCUGUGUGUCCGUUUUUCGCUGCGAAUAAAAUAAUUAGGACAUGAUAAUAACGCGAAACUUACAGUGAGUUGUUUGUAGUGGCAAUCCGCAACGUGAAAACUGCGUAGGGAUAGUUAGAGUUAGAGUCCAAUUACAAAUUUAUAUUUCCAAGCCCUCCUUUUUUUUCUUUGGUUCUAAUUGCUCCUACAGAAUGAUCUUAGGAUUUAAACGAGGGCUAAGUCAAGGGCAUUGGGGGAUCUAGGGAAUGGGGACAUGGGUCUCCCCACCUGAUCUUUCAGGUCAAAAUGAAUUUCCUUGUCCAAGAAAUACCAUAUUAUUUUUCAGACAGACCUCCCUCUUAUCUCAGAUCUGAUUCCGCCACUUACCACUGGCAUGUAACGUUAUCAUGUACUAAACCUUUGGAUUAUUUAUUCAACUUCCAUACGUCUUGUACAUGAGGUAGAGCCCGAAUUCAAAGAUGUGUGUGACAGUUGAUUUUGAGGCUUUGUUUGUAAAACAAAAAAGGUCAACUCGCGCGUGAUGGCAUUGGCAGACCGUUUAAUAGGACGUCGAGUCGAACAAUAGCGUUCCCUGUCAAGCGAAUUUCGCAGAAAGGCAAUGGAUCAAUCAGUUCUUUAGUUGCAGCAUACCGUUGUAUUAAGGGGGCAUUCUAGUUGUUUUUGACUUGAUUUUGAUUUGGGAAGGAAGUAAAUUAGAAUACAAAAGGUAUACGAAUAAACCAGUUAGUCCGCUAAAGGGAUCAGAAGCACCUUGUUGUGGUAUCUGUUAUUUGUCUACUAAUUAUCCACUUCAUAUUUUUAUUUUCAGCAACCCCCCAAAUCCGAUAUUCUCCAUUUUUUCCAAAAUUUAAACAUCAAAAUCACGCAUAUCGUUGAAUUUUCAGUAGUUAGCCAAACAUAACAAGGGAGAAAUU